AUGACCGAAACAACGGGUUACUCAGGGAGUGGGCUUGUCCUUGUUAAAAACCCACACCUGGAUUUGAUGGAGGAGGAUGUCCUGUACCACUUGGACUUGGGAACGAAGACGCACAACCUGCCAGCAAUGUUUGGGGACAUUAAGUUUGUCUGCGUCGGCGGCAGCCCGAACAGGAUGAGGGCGUUUGCCCAGUUCAUGCAGCGGGAGCUGGGGCUGGCGGGUGCCGGGGAGGACGUGGCUGACAUCUGCGCGGGGUCGGACCGCUACGCCAUGUACCGGGCAGGGCCCGUGCUCUCCAUCAGCCAUGGAAUGGGCAUCCCUUCCAUUUCCAUUAUGCUUCAUGAGCUGAUCAAACUGCUGCACCACGCAAAAUGCCGGGAUGUUACUAUCAUACGCAUCGGUACUUCUGGGGGCUUAGGGAUCGAGGCUGGGUCUGUUGUGAUCACGGACACGGCCGUGGACUCCUCCUUCCAGCCACGCUUUGAGCAGGUGGUGCUGGACGACGUGGUGGUGCGGAGCACCGAGCUGGACAAGGACCUUGCAGAGGAACUUCUCGCCUGCAGCAGGGACAUUCCCGACUUCCCCACGCUCAUUGGCCAUACCAUGUGCACCUACGACUUCUACGAAGGUCAGGGGAGAUUAGAUGGCGCAUUAUGCUCUUUUUCCAGUGAAAAAAAGCUGGAGUACUUAAGGAGGGCUUAUGAGGCCGGUGUGAGGAAUAUUGAGAUGGAGUCUACUGCAUUCGCUGCCCUGUGUGGACUGUGUGGCCUCAAAGCCGCCGUGGUGUGCGUGGCGCUCCUGGACCGGCUGCAGGGGGACCAGAUCCGGGCGCCCCACGAGGUGCUGUGGGAGUACCAGCAGCGGCCGCAGCGCCUGAUCGCCGCCUUCAUCCGCAAGCGCCUGGGACUCCCCCGCACGGACUGAGGUGACCGCAGCACCGCAGGGAGCCGCGCCGGGAGCGGGUGCGGGCCCGGCCCGGCCCAGGACCUGCUCCGGGAACGGGAGAGCGCCGGGCCCGGGCUGCCGGAGCCAGCGGACACCGCGGUGCGGAGCUGCCGGCCCGCGGCGCGGCUGGAACCGCGCUGGCACGAUCUGCGCUGACAGCAGGCUCAGGCUGUGGAACAGAGCUGCAGCGCCUCACUCCCGGCUCCAGCCGCCGUAAAGGACUGUCCUGUUAGGUCCACAGCGAUCUUCCGGGAAGGA